UUGUAUGUCAAAAACGUCCAGUGACAGAUCUAAAAUUUUCACUCAUGAAAUUUAAAAAAAAAAAAAAAGCUAAAUAUAAAAAACUAUAUUGUCCUUAGGGAUCAAACCUAAGACACUAAAGACAAUUUUGAACAUUCUAAACCGCUUGAGCUAACCUUUUACAUUUAUUCAGGGUGCUCAAAAGUUAAUAUAUCUAUAUAAAUACAAAAAAUUUAACAUAUAUAUACUAUAAUUUUUUUACCGAAGAUAUUCGGGUGAACAUCCUCACCACCACGUACCUCGACCCCUGAAAGCGCCCAUCCAAGCGGGCUUUAGUAUAUCUUUUAAUAUAAAUCCACACGGUAACUAAUUUUCUAUAUGUUCUUUCUUCUUUUCUCUUUUUCUUCAACAAGAAACACUACUUCUUCUUCUUCUUCUUCAAAAUGUCUUCAAAAAACAAGAACAAAUGGAACUGCAUAACUUCAAAUGUAACAGGUUGUGGUUGUGGCAAACCCAAAUUAUCAGACAUAAUCCAACCCGAUUCAAAGCCCAAACCCAAGCCCAUUUCAAGCUCUAAUUCUGAUCACACUUCCACCUCAUUGGAUUCAUCAUCUCCACCACUUGAUUUUGAUCAAACGGUUGAUAUUACAAGUAGCAAUAAUUUGCCUUCCAAGAUUGUUGGAAGUGUUGCUGUCGUUAAGGAUUCUGAUGAUCCGUUUAAGGAUUUCAGGCAAUCCAUGUUGCAAAUGAUAAUGGAAAAAGAGAUUCAUUCGUGUGAUGAUUUGAAUGAGCUUUUGAAUUGUUUUUUAAAGCUCAAUUCAAGUUCUCAUCAUGAUGUUAUUGUUCAAGCUUUCAUGGAGAUCUGGAAUAAUGGCAAAAUUGUUCCAAAUAAGGAGGAGCCUAGCUAGGAUUUUUUUUUUAAUUGGCAUGUGUGUGCAGUUAUAUUGUUUGGAUUCUUCGAAAAUACAGGGGCCUGUUAGAUUUUUCAGAAAUAGUACUCAAUUUGUCUCAAUUUAUGUGAAACUUUUUGUUUUUCGAUAGUCAAACAAGAAUUUUUUUUUACUGCAAUUUAUUCGUAUGCCCUUUAAAUAGUUUAAAUUGUUAAUUACUGUGAUUUAUACUCCCUCUGUUUCAAUUUAUGUGAAUCUAUUUCCUUUUUAGUCUGUACCAAAAUGAAUGACCUUUUUCCUAAUUUGAAAAUAAAUUCAUUUUAUGAAAUGAUUUAUAACCACACAAAUAU